CUGUGCUACUGUUGUCUGACAGAUAGACGAGAACUGGCAUAGCUAGCUAGAUAUCUGAAAGGAAAUAUAGCAAUUCUCAACAUUGAUAGUUUCUAUAGAGGAAUAUUUUAUACAUUGACAACCCCACAUAUCAGCUGUUAAAAUGAAAAAAGGAACGCGCUGUUGGGCCUAACUGCUCUGAGCUGAGUCUGUUCCUCAUCAGUCCCUUGACACCUGACCCCCUGGACGGUGUAACCAUGACGACAGGGGAGUGUUGCCACCUCCCGGGCUCUCUGUGUGACUGCACUGGCAACGCUGCCCUGUCCAAAAGCAUGGAGGAGUCGGAUAACUGCAGAUCACAGUAUGUCACCCAGGUCACAGCUAAAGAUGGACGGCUGCUCUCCACUGUCAUCAAACCCGUGAGCACACAGAGCGAUGGGCCAAUCUGCCGGAUCUGCCAUGAGGGGGCCAACAGCGAGGGCCUCCUGUCCCCCUGCGACUGCACAGGGACUCUGGGCACAGUGCACAAGAGCUGCCUGGAGAAGUGGCUCUCCUCCUCCAACACCAGUUACUGUGAGCUGUGCCACACAGAGUUCACAAUUGAGCGGAAACCCAGGUCCCUCACAGAGUGGAUGCGGGACCCGGGCCCUCGGAACGAGAAGCGCACGUUGUUCUGUGACAUGCUGUGCUUCCUGUUCAUCACGCCCCUGGCAGCCAUCUCUGGCUGGCUGUGUCUGAGGGGAGCUCAGGACCACCUGCACUUCAACAGCAGACUGGAGGCCGUGGGCCUCAUCGCCCUCACCAUCGCCCUCUUCACCAUUUACGUCCUCUGGACUCUGGUAUCAUUCCGCUACCACUGUCAGCUCUACUCUGAGUGGAGACGAACCAACCAGAAAGUACGCCUGCUCCUUCCAGACGCGAAGGGUGGGCAUUCUAGCCAGCAUUCCUUGCUCUCCACGAAGCUGCUGAAAAAGUCGGCUGACGAGACCAUAGUAUGAGGUCAAAGGUGGGAAAAUUGAUGUUGGGGUUCUUCUUCGUGUGCUGGAGAUGUGGCAAAAAAAACAAGUCUCCAACCAGAGCCCAAGCACUUGUGGAUGCAGAUUUUUUUUAUUUUUCUGUUUAAAUCCUUUUUUAACCACGUCUAUCAUCAUCAGCAUUUAAUUUUACACCUCUCUUUUUAACUUAGUCGUGUCAUAGCCUCUACUGGUGUUUUUCUAUAUUGAUCAGGUAAUGAAAGCAUUAUGAUAGAGGUCAAUGAGUACCGUGCAGUAUAAUGUUUUGUGAAGGUUUGGAAAUGGGCAGUUGAUUGGAGGGUACUCCACUGGGCCCUGCAAGAAGAUGAGAAAGGAUUGGACUGAUGCUCAGUGGAGAUGGCUGCUGAAGCUUUAAAACCAAACCCUAGCGUUUAAGUGAACAUUUACUCUCUUUAUUUUCAGUUCUCCACAUCCGACUAUAAAAGUGAGGCAUGGAUCGUUGAUGCUGAUCUAAGGCGAUUCAUCCAGCAGUUGAUUCCCUAACCACUGAGUGCAGAAGUGAGAAGUUUUGACUCCGGUUCACCAGCCACAGUCUAUUCCACUGGGGGAUUAUAUAUGCUCAUGCCAUUUUAAUACGCAAUUCAGUUGACUCCCUUCAAUUUACCUCCCAUCUGUUUUUCCCUUGGUGUGAGCAGGAAUGUUGUUCGUGGAGAUUGUGCAAUAAAACACCGUGGAUGCGGUUGUUCUCGCAGUAUGUGAGGAGACUGCUCCCAACACGCACAGUUUUGCAUGCAUGUGAUGCACUGUUUAUUUUUUUAUUUUUUGUUUGGGGGGGGGGGGUUUACAUUGGGGGAUUGAAAGAUCAGUUGGUCGAGCUUCCUUUGAUUUAGUGUUGCUAGUUUGUAUGUUGGUCAAGGUUUCCUCCCUGGGAGUGUAGAGGUCUCAUACUAUCAGCACUUAAUCGAAAAAACUGUGCAAAUAGAGUGAGCUGAUCUAUGUACAGUAGGUCUAGAUGCCACUGAUGAUGAAAAGCCUUUAUGGAAAUGUGUAUUCCACAAACAUGAAGUUCAAACUUUUUGUGGUUGAGGGAAAGUAAGGCUUACCUUUCCAGUAUCGCAUGGUCAAGGUCAGACUUACAGGAAAUCAACAGUACAUUGCUCUCCUAUGACGAGAUUCCAAUGUAAAUCUUUUAGUUAGUGUUUUUUUUGUAUUGGUGUGUUUUUCUUUUUGUGUAGUCACUUAACAAUAGCUAGUAAUCGCAUCCAGAAAGAGCGUAGAUUGGUUGGUUGAUGUUACUUCGGGUUUUGUGGAAGUUGUAUUCCCUCCGAUAUGCAGUUGACCAGACUCUGACGCCUACACUCAGACGUACAGUGCCUUGCGAAAGUAUUCGGCCCCCUUGAACUUUGCGACCUUUUGCCACAUUUCAGGCUUCAA